AUGUACGCCGACCGUGUGACCGACUCGAUGCAGAGGGCCAUCGACGAGACCUACGCGAGCGCGUGCGAUCCAGGGUGCGCACAACUGAGCGCCACGGCAUCGAGCCGCAGUCGAUCCACAAGGCCGUCCGGGACAUCACCGAGCCUGCGCGGGGUCGCCGAGACCAAGGCCUCCUACCCAGGUGGCCCGGGAGGAGAUGUCGCACGACGACAUGUACCGGGUGAUCAAGGACCUGGAGUUCCAGAUGAAACGGCCGCCCGUUCCCUGGAGUUCGAGAAGGCGGCGCACCUGCGCGACGAGAUGCUGGAGUUGAAGAAGAUCAUCCUCACCGAGGAGAAGAUGCUGGCAUCGGGUUAG